UCCUCCUCUCUGAUCACUCGCUCCGUGGACGCGUGGAUGUGCUGCGCGCUCAGCUGUGUCUCCGUGGCGCAGGACAGGACAGUCGCCACGCCUUCAGGGACGCACUUUCCUUCGGCAUCACGUCUCGGUAUCGGUCCUCUGUUCACCUCCACAGCUCUGUCCGGAUCCAGGACGUUUCCACAUCCUUUACCGCCGCGUACAUCCGUCACGUUCUGCCUCUGGAGUCCCCGGCGCGACUUCACCCGUGGAUGCCAGCUGGACAGAGUGUUCUGUGAAAUAUUUCUGGAUUACACGGAGUGGCAGUGGUAUUGAUUUGUCAUCGGAUAUAAGUUGGAUCAAAGAUGGGGCUCAGAGUGUAGUACUGCCAGGAAUGCCCCAGACUGUGUGCUCAGGCACCAUGUUCACCACUCCCAGUGGCUUCAGCCCCCAUCUGGCCUGUGCUGAGCCUGGGGAGGAGGAGGAGGAGGCCCCUCAGGAGGGUCCGGGACCUGGGGCUUGCCUGGCCGAUGGGCCCGCUAUUACCUCUGCCUCCCUGGACACCCUGAUCCAGAACCUCGUGCCCACUGCCGAUUACUACCCUGAGAAAGCCUAUGUGUUUACCUUCUUGCUGAGCGCUCGUCUGUUCAUUCCUCCUCCGGAGCUCCUGGCGAGGGUGUGCGAGCUGUGCAUCAAACAGCAGCAGCUGGAUCAGAGCCCACUCGAUACGGCUAAAGUGCGCAAGUUUGGCCCUAAGAUCCUGCAGUUGCUGACAGAGUGGACGGAGACUUUCCCCUCUGACUUUAGGGAUGAGAAAAUGGUCGGAUAUCUAAAAGACAUCAUCCACAGGAUAGCUCCAUGUGAUGAGGCGUACUGGAAAACCCUGAACCAGGUGCUUCAGAAACUUAGCCAGAGGCUAGCCCUCAUGAGCCAGGGGGAAGAGAGCAUCAUGAAGGUCUCCCUCAAUGCCUCCUCCAUCUCUGACAAGCUGGUGGCCUUCAAGACUAAGCCUCAACCCAUCCAGAAGGACAUGCUCUCCAUCUGCAGCGACCCAUACACACUGGCACAACAACUCACCCACGUGGAGCUGGAGCAUUUGAGUCACAUUGGGCCAGAGGAGUUUGUCCAAGCUUUUGCUCAGAAAGACCCACUAGAUGGAACACAGCCAUGCUUCAGUGACCAGAAGAAGAAAACCUCCAACCUGGAGGCCUAUGUCAGGUGGUUUAACAGACUGUGUUACCUGGUGGCUACAGAGAUCUGCAUGCCUGCGAAAAAGAAGCAGAGAGCCCAGGUUAUAGAGUUUUUUAUUGACGUAGCCAGAGAGUGUUUCAACAUUGGAAAUUUCAAUUCCCUCAUGGCGAUCAUCUCUGGUAUGAACAUGAGUCCUGUGUCACGGCUGAAGAAGACUUGGGGCAAAGCCAAGACUGCCAAAUUCUUCAUUCUGGAGCAUCAGAUGGAUCCUACAGGAAACUUUUACAACUAUAGAACUGCCCUGAGGGGGGCCGCCCAUCGCUCUCAGACUGCCAACAGCAACAGAGAAAAGAUUGUGAUUCCCUUCUUCAGUCUGCUCAUCAAAGAUAUCUACUUCCUGAAUGAAGGAUGUGCCAACCGGCUGCCGAAUGGCCACGUCAACUUCGAGAAAUUUGUGGAGCUGGCACGGCAAGUUGGGGAGUUCAUGACAUGGAAACAGGUGGAGUGUCCGUUUGAGGAGGAUCGAGCCAUCCUACACUACCUCCACACUGCUCCCAUCUUCAGCGAGGACGGACUCUACCUUGCAUCUUAUGAGAGUGAGAGUCCAGAAAACCAGGUAGAGAAGGACAGAUGGAAAGCACUCAGGUCUAACGUUUUGGGAAAAACAUGAGGCACUGACGGCAGCUAACCCUCUAACCAGCGAGGGAGUGUGUGUUCUCAUUGCACUAAAAAAUGAACUGUGAAGGAGCCUAGCUGGUACUUAGGUGUUUUUCUAUGAAGAAAUGAUGACAAAAGAACCAUGAUGAACGGGAUUCAUCAAGACGAGUAUAAAAAAAAUGAGAAAAAAGUUUGGAAAAAAAAAAGAGAAUAAGUUAAGCUAUGGAAGCUGUGGCGUUGAUGCCUUUGCAGCUUAUUAACCUUCAGUGAUGAGGUACAGUAUUUUAAACAGAAGUACAGCUUCUCCUCCCCUUCCCUCGAUGUGUGUUUACUCUGUGAAGAUAUGUUUACUACUAUAGAGAGUACACUUACAGGGCAGACCACUUUAUAAAAUGAAAUUCCUACUGAUUCUAUUGUUGUUUUUGUAUUUGCUCUUUAAUUAUUUCUCUUUUUCUCUUCCUCUUUUUGUCCAAAGCCUUGUCUAGUUAUAUAAGUUUUGCUUUUUUUCCCUCACUUGUGUACUGUAAUGAAACUAACAAUGUGAACGGGCGCUGGCUAGCCCAUAUCAGCUGAAAUUUUUGUAGUCCUACUGAAGUAAUGGCAAAGGGGUACAUUUGGGAAGACGGAAGGGGACACGCCUUCAGCAUUGUACCAGUUCAUCUCUCAUGUACUUUUUGUGUGUGUGUUUAUGAUCCAGAGGAAGCACCUGUUCAUGUAUGUCCAGACUGUCUUUAACUUGUUUUGCAUGAGAAUGACUGGGAUGGGUCAUCUCUUCCCGUAUUUUUAUUUAUUGUAUUUUAUUUUGGGAAAGUGGGGGGAAUACGAACUGUUAAAGAAAAAAAGUGUUUACUCCUUUUAAAUGUAUUGUGCCAUUAAUGCAAGAAAACUACAGCAUAGCUUAACAGUUUCAGUGGAAGCUCAGCAAGGUGUAGAUUGUGUACAGGUGACAUUUACCCCUCAUCUUUCUGCUCUUCAGGAAGUUUUCUCUGACUGACGUUCAGUUGUCUGAUAUAUUUAUGGAGAUUUCUGUGCUGACAGAUGUAUAGUUUUUAUCGUACUUUUCCUUUAGUGAAUAUGAAGUCAAAUGGCAUGCUAGGACAGGUGUUUUAAAGGGGCAUUAAGAGUAUCCACCUUGUAAAGUCUGCUACUGCAUUGAUGUGUUCUAUAGAAGGAUGACAUUGAAAAAGAGGGAAUCUUGUGCCAUAUGAAUCACUGGGUGUCAUGACAAUUCAGGUUCCUCUGACUUAAAACGUGUUGUUUAUUGUUUUGUGGGAUCGUCACUGAGCUUUGUUUAUGGCAGUUUUGAUGUGAUUCAGAAAGCAUUUUAAGGGUUGGGGGGGUGGGAGAGGGAGAGGGGGGGUUUACAUUAAAGGGGAGCAGUAACUGUGUAAUUAUAGGCUUUUUAAAACAGUCUUAUUCAGUUUGCUAUAAUUGAUGUCAGUGUUUUCUCUCAAGAAGCACCUUUCCCUCUCAAUAACAGACCGAUUUCAAUCCCCUCCCCCUUAUUUGUCAUCAAUAAACUUGCUUUCCCUGUAACAUGUUUCCCAGAUCAGUUUAAUCUACAGAGAGCCAGAGACGUGAUGUCAAACCUGCCAUUCAAGGUGAUGACAUUUUAAUAAAGCAUUGCCUGUGUUAUACAUGUUUUUAAUGACAAUCGCCUACAAGGCAUUGGUUCUGCUCUUUUACAUGGUGUCACUGCACUGCCAAGCCCAUCUUCAGACUUUUUGCUUACAUAUGACUGUUGCUGUUUGCAGCUCAACAACUGGAGUGCAUUUGUUAUAUUUUCUGUUCAACUUGCUGUGAAGACAUGGAUCGUAUUUCUUGUUUAGGGCAAGAAGAUACUUUUAGCUCUGACAUCGCUGCAAAAUUUGUGACUGGUUCCUGAAAAGCCUUUAAUAAAAUUAAACCAUGUUUAGUUCA